AUGCUCAAACCCGCCGAAGACGGAUUCUUGACCUUCGCUGGCGAUAAACCAGCAGACUCACCAGCUGAAUCAGACGGGGAGGAAGAAAUACAGAUCACAGAACUGGAACUCAGCCAGGACCUGGUGGACCAGAUUCUCCAAGCCAACCGCUCAGCUAAUUCACUAUCAAUCUACAGGGAAAAGACGAAGUCGGACGACUCCCUCUUUAUGUUUAAAGACGGACUACUGACAAAGGAUUACAAGCUGGUGGUCCCAGAAGACGAGAACUUGCGCACCAAGCUCAUCGAGGCGGCACAUUGCCCCGUCACGUCGGCCCACACUGGUUGGAACAAGACCAAACAAAUAGUUUACAAGCGAUACUGGUGGGCAGGCAUGGCGGCAGACGUGGAUCGUUAUAUCAAUAACUGCUGGACUUGCAAGGUAUUCAAGGCUCCCAGAGACAAGACUCCCGGCUUGAUGCACUCGAUCCCAUUGAAAGAGGACUGCUGUGCUUUCAAAUCACUGGUAAUCGAUUUCAAGUCGAUGGCCGAAGAUCAACACGGUUACAAUAUGAUUAUGGUAAUCAUGGAUCGAUUCACAAAGGCCAACUGGAGUAUCCCUUGUAAAGACACGGUUACCGCAAGAGCUGCGGCUGUCCUCUACUACCGCGGACCCUACCGCGUCUUCGGUUUGCCAGAUGAGGUCAUUAGUGACCGCGGUCCACAGUUUGUAUCCCAAAUGAUGCAGGAAGCGGUGUCGCUGUUAAACCUCAAGUGGAAGCUGGCUACAUCAGGCCAUUCCCAGACCGCGGGUCAGGUCGAGAAUCUACACCAAUACAUCGACCAACGGCUGAGACCAUACAUCAACCACAAUCAGGACGACUGGUCCGAGUUUAUCCCAGCACUGGACGCGGUUCAAAUAAUCCUACCCCAUAAUAGUCUGGACGGACUAUCCCCCAAGGAGGUUAUCAUGGGCUUCCCCAUGCUUGGUGUGCUGGAUUGGGAGGACCGCGUGGAACCGAAGCCGCCCAAGAUGGAGAUCAAUCGACAAGAGGCUCACUAA